CAGAGCCUCAGUGAGCAAAGGUGGAGGUUUCACCUUCGAGUUUAUACCGGCGAGAUACGGACGGACUGCAGGAGAAUCCCGUCAGAGGGGGUCCGGGCCGCACGUCUCCCGCAAGCAGCACUGCAGAGGCAGUAUUAAUCUGACCAAUCAUGGACCUCGAUAUUCUCAACAUGUUCCUGGUCGCAGGAGGAACCCUGCUGAUCCCCAUACUGGCCUUUGCGGCUUCCUUCCUGUUUUGGCCGGCUGCUCUCAUCAGAAUCUAUCACUGGUACUGGCGCCGGGCACUCGGCAUGCAGGUGAAAUAUGCCACCCAUGGAAACUAUAAGUUCUGUUACACGACCAGAGGGAGGCCGAGCCCCAAACCAUCCAUCCUUCUGCUUCAUGGAUUCUCUGCUAACAAAGAUAUGUGGCUCACUGUGGUCAAGUUUCUUCCUAAAAACGUACACAUAGUUUGUGUGGACAUGCCCGGCCACGAGGGUACCACGCGCUCGCCGCUCGAUGACUACACCAUCAACGGACAAGUGAGGCGGAUACAUCAGUUUGUGGAAAGCAUUGGGCUGAACAAGAAGCCUUUCCACCUUGUGGGGACGUCGAUGGGUGGGAACGUGGCCGGUGUUUACGCUGCUCAGUAUCCGUCCGAUAUCUUCUGUCUGACCCUCAUUUGUCCGGCAGGCCUGAUGUAUCCUAAAGACAGUAAGUUCCUAAAACGCCUGAAAGACAUGAAAGAAUUGGGAAACGACGAGAACAUUCCUCUCAUCCCGUCCACGGCGGAGGAGAUGGAGGAGAUGCUGAAGCUCUGCUCGUACGUGCGGUUCAAGGUACCACAGAAGGUGUUGCAGGGGCUGAUUGAGGUCCGCAUUCCGCACAAUGAAUUUUACAGAAAACUAUUUUUGGACAUUGUCAGCGAGAGCUCUCGGCACAGCCUGCACGAACACAUGACCAAAAUUGUGGCUCCUACUCAAGUAAUCUGGGGCAAGCAGGAUCAGGUACUGGAUGUUUCCGGGGCGGACGUUUUGACGAGUGCCAUCCCCGGAAGCCAAGCGGAGAUUCUGGAGAACUGCGGACAUUCGGUGGUCAUGGAAAGACCCAGGAAAACGGCCAAGCUCCUGGUGGAUUUCUCAUCUUCCCUGCAGGACACGGAGAACAACAAGAAACACGAUUAACUCUCGUGAUGCCCCGGGCACAGCGCCAUUCUGCGGAUUGCUCUC